UAUAAACUAAAAAUUAAAAAAGAAACAAACGGCCGGCAGAUAUUCUGCUUCCACCGCUCUCAAUUAAAUACAAUCAUCUUCUCCCCCAUUCGGUCAAACCACAGCAAACCUCAAAGAACCAUUAAAAAUGGCGAGUUUUCUCUGUCGGGUCCCCUCAUCAGAGCAGAAAGCGCAGAGCUUUAUUCUGCAGAACAAAUGGAGUUUUCAGGGGAGGAAGAAGGAGCUCCAAAGGAUCAACUUCCGCUCCUUCUCUUUAAAAAAAAUCUCACCUUUGGCCGCUCUGCUUCCGAGCUCUGCGGAGACGUUUAGUAUGGGGACUUCUCAGGAGAUGAUCCAUGAAGCGGUGAUAAAGCAGGCGGCUUUAGCCAGAGAGAACUUCCGCUGGAACAGAAUCGCCGCCGCCGACGCCGCCGCCGUUGAGUUAUCAACUCCGGCGAACUCAAAUAUGUUGAAUGUGGCCUACGAGAGGUGCGGCGAGGUCUGUAAGGAGUUCGCCAAGACUUUCUAUUUGGGAACAAUGCUCAUGACUGAAGAGAGGCGAAGAGCAAUUUGGGCGAUAUAUGUCUGGUGCAGAAGAACUGAUGAGCUUGUGGAUGGCCCAAACUCUUCCCACACAACUCCGGCCGCCCUCGACCGCUGGGAGAGAAGACUCGCCGACCUAUUCGACGGCCGCCCAUACGAUCUCUUCGACUCCGCCCUAUCGGAUACCGUUGCAAGAUUCCCCAUUGAUAUUCAGCCAUUCAAGGACAUGAUUGAAGGAAUGAGACAAGAUUUAAGAAAGCCAAAGUAUUUUAGCUUUGAUGAGCUCUAUCUAUACUGUUACUAUGUGGCUGGGACUGUGGGGCUGAUGUGUGUCCCAGUUAUGGGCAUCGCCCCGAGCUCGAAGGCGUCGGUCGCGAGCGUUUAUAAUGCCGCCUUAUCCCUUGGGAUCGCCAAUCAACUCACAAACAUUCUUCGGGAUGUAGGUGAAGAUGCUUGUAGGGGACGAAUAUAUCUUCCACAAGACGAGCUCGAGUCGGCGGGUCUAUCCGAAAAAGAUGUAUUUGGAAUGAAAGUCACUGAUAAAUGGAGAUGCUUUAUGAAGGGCCAGAUUCAACGUGCGAGAAAGUUCUUCGACGAGGCCGAGAGCAGCAUCGCAGAGCUCGACAUGGCAAGUCGAUGGCCGGUUACGGCAUCUCUGAUGCUGUACAGGCAGAUAUUAGAUGCUAUAGAAGCAAAUGACUAUAAUAAUUUCACAACUCGUGCGUACGUUGGGAAGGCAAAGAAAUUUCUCACAUUGCCUGUAGCCUAUGCGGCCACGCUCUUCUGAUCAGCUCAACAAUCUUAAUAUAUUGCAGGCAGCAAAUUCAAGUUUCUGAAAC